UUUCUUAUUAUUAUUAUUAUUAUUAUGAUGUAUUUAUUUGGUCCGGUGCUUUGCUCGGAGGAUGAGACUCGUCUGGUCAAAGAUCUUUUCGUCGGCUACAACAAGGUGGUGCGUCCGGUGGAGCACUUCAGUGAAGCUGUGGAAGUCACCGUGGGCCUGCAGCUCAUCCAGCUCAUCAGCGUGGAUGAAGUGAACCAGAUUGUGACCAGUAACGUCCGUCUGAAACAGCGAUGGUUAGAUGUGAAUCUGAAGUGGAAUCCGGCUGAUUACGGAGGCAUCAGGAAGAUCAGAGUCCCUUCAGCAGACAUAUGGAAACCUGACCUGGUGCUAUACAACAAUGCUGAUGGAGACUUUGCCAUCAUCCAAUUCACUAAAGUCCUGCUGGAGCACACGGGGAUCAUCAUCUGGAACCCUCCGGCCAUCUUUAAGAGUUACUGCGAGAUCAUCGUGCUGCACUUCCCCUUCGACCUGCAGAACUGCAGCAUGAAGCUGGGGACCUGGACCUACGACGGGCUGCUGGUGGUCAUCAACCAGGACAGCGACCGUCCGGACCUCAGUAACUUCAUGGAGUCAGGGGAGUGGGUGUUGAAGGACUACAGGAGCUGGAAGCACUGGGUUUACUACACCUGCUGCCCCGACACGCCCUACCUGGACAUCACGUAUCACUUCCUGAUGCUGCGGCUGCCGCUCUACUUCAUCGUCAACGUCAUCAUCCCCUGCAUGCUGUUCUCCUUCCUCACCGGACUCGUCUUCUACCUGCCCACUGACUCCGGUGAGAAGAUGACGCUCUCCAUCUCCGUCCUGCUGUCCCUCACUGUGUUCCUGCUGGUGAUCGUUGAGCUCAUCCCCUCCACCUCCAGCGCUGUUCCUCUCAUCGGGAAGUACAUGUUGUUCACCAUGGUCUUCGUCAUCGCCUCCAUCAUCAUCACCGUCAUCGUCAUCAACACACACCACCGCUCGCCCAGCACCCACACCAUGCCCAACUGGAUACGCAAGGUGUUCAUAGAAACCAUUCCCAACAUGAUGUUCUUCUCCACGAUGAAGCGUCCCGGGCAGGAGAUCCGGCAGCAGAGAUCGUUCCCAACGGACAUGGACAUCUCCGACAUCUCAGGAAACCUCGGUCCCACCAGCGUCCCGUACCAGUCUCCCAUCACUAAAAACCCCGACGUCCGCAGCGCCAUCGAAGGAGUGAAGUACAUCGCAGAGACCAUGAAAGCAGACGAGGAGUCUAACAACGCUGCAGAGGAGUGGAAGUUUGUUGCCAUGGUGCUGGACCACAUCCUGCUGUGUGUGUUCAUGGCUGUGUGUAUCAUCGGGACGCUCGCAGUGUUUGCCGGCAGACUCAUCGAGCUCAACACGCUGUAG